UCGCUUCCCGGCCCGGCCGAGUCCGUCCCUCUACGGGCGGACCGCGCCCGCCCCCUCCGCCGAGAGCCCGGGAGCCCGGGAGCCCGGGAACCCCAGGCCCGAGACACUUGUGGUCCCGGAGGCCGGGGCCGGGGCUCAGGUGGUGGGGCGCUAUGGCGACAUGGCGACGUGAUGGCCGGCUCACUGGCAGCCAGCGGCUUCUGUGCGCGGGGCUGUCAGGCGUGCUCAGUUUGAGCCUCACCGCGCCGCUGGAGCUCGCCACCGUGCUAGCCCAGGUCGGCGUGGUGCGGGGUCGCGGCCGGGGACCGUGGGCCGCGGGGCUCGGCGUCUGGCGAGCGGAGGGGCCCAGGGCUCUGUGGAAGGGGAACACGGUGGCGUGCCUGCGCCUCUUCCCUUACAGCGCCGUGCAACUCACCGCCUACCGCAAGUUUGUCGUACUCUUCAUGGAUGACCUGGGCCAUAUUUCCCAGUGGAGUGCCAUCAUGGCUGGAAGUCUCGCAGGCAUGGUUUCCACCAUUGUAACAUAUCCUUCAGACCUCAUCAAAACACGCUUAAUUGUGCAGAAUGUGCUGGAACCAUCUUAUAGGGGGAUCCUCCAUGCUUUUUCUACUGUUUAUCAACAGGAAGGAUUCCUGGCCCUUUAUCGAGGAGUUUCCCUUACAGUUUUAGGUGCUCUCCCUUUCUCUGCUGGUUCUCUUCUAGUUUACAUGAAUCUGGAAAAAAUUUGGAAUGGACCCCGCGAUCGCUUCUCUCUCCUCCAGAACUUUGCCAACAUCUGCCUAGCUGCUGCGGUUACCCAGACGCUCUCCUUUCCAUGUGAUACAGUGAAGAGGAAGAUGCAGGCUCAGAGCCCCUUUCUUCCCCGCGGUGGAGGAGUAGAUGUCCAUUUCUCAGGAGCCACGGACUGCUUCCGGCAGAUAGUGAAGGCCCAUGGGGUACUGGGGCUCUGGAAUGGAUUGGCAGCCAACUUACUGAAGAUAGUUCCCUAUUUUGGAGUUAUGUUUGGUACCUUUGAGUUCUGCAAGAGAAUCUGUCUCUACCACAAUGGUUACAUUGUGUCUCCUCUGAGCUAUAAAUUGACCCCAGGGGUAGAUCAGAGUUUGAAACCCCAGGAAUUACGGGAAUUAAAGAAGUUCUUCAAAACUGGAAAACUAAAUUCUAGAAAACCAACUCUUUAAAACUGAAUGGAACUAGAAGUGCACUGACCGAAGGCGUGUUGCAAUCACGGAUAAAUUUAGCUUCAAAAUUGCACAAUUGUGGAGUGAGGAGAGGGUACUCCUGUCUGCUGCUCUUGGAAGUGAUAAGACUCGGCUGUAUGCCACCUCUGAGCUCCAAAUUGAUGUUCCUGGGAGCACCUGCACCUCAGGAAGGUUUCCCAACAUGACCGUCCCCUGAUGGCAUGCCACCAGAUUUUAUAACAAAAGCUAGCAGUAAUGAUAUGUGCUAUUUACACAAUACCAAAGAGAGGGCGUUCUCAUGACACCUCAGAGCAACAUGUAGUUGAAGUGGCUGAGCAGAGGCCAUGUCGUGCUCUCAGUCACAGCUUGCACUAACCCACAUCAGCUUAGUUUUGCUCCAUUUGACCUGAGGCUUCCUAAUAUACUUGCUCUGUAACUCAUAAGUUUUGCUGACUUAUGAGUGCACAUUCCACAGUGUAAAUUAUGCCUUCUCAGAAGCUAACUGAAA